GCGGAGCGGAUUCCUUCUGUACACGGAGAGACGAAACUACCCAAAAGUGAGUUCUUUCCACUCAACUUCGGGGUUGCGUGCGUCAAGCCACUUUUGAGUUGAUGGAAUCGAUGUUUUUGUUGGGUUGUUCCCGCUUGCUUCCAUGUGAAAGGAAUACCUAAUUUUAAGUUUUUUUCACCCAACCGAAAUUUUGACUAGGUUGUAUUCACUCAAAUUUGAGUACUGUGCUAGAAACUCAGUUUUGGCUUGACGCACUGAACUGCAAAAGUUGGGCUGUUUCUCUCUUCACUCUCUGACAACAUUAGAAAGAGCGCAUGAGAAGGGAGAUGAAAAAGAACUCAAAAUUGAGUUUAAAAGUACCUAAUUUUGAGUUUUUCAGUUUCUCCGUGUACGAUACCAAUUAAGCGUAUUGUAGGAAUCUUAAGGUGAAUAUAUGACGAAGCCACACCUCAAAUUUUCAAGAGCACCGGGGUGUGACCAAUCGAUCAACUUUUCAGCGCAAUCCGUCGUUUGGUUCAUUCAGCUCGUGCUCUUGAAAAUUUGAGGUAUGGCUUCGUCAUAUAAUGUCCUUAAAUGUAAUCAAACUCAAAGCUUCAAGACUAGUUGAGUGCGACGAUAAAUUUAAUCAGGUUUGAAACUUUUGCUGCUAAUCAUGGUUUGGUUAUGUGUAAUUAACUAGAGACUAUUUGAAUCAAUCAUAAUCUGAAAUAAUGGCAAAUCAAAUCUUGUUUUCUGAUAGAAAAUUGCCAACCUGGAGGCGCCUAGUUCACAUAUUUUGAACAUGAUGCUUCAAACAAACUGAUAGAUAUGUGAAACAAUAAAUUGCAUUUGAAAUAGCGACUAUUAUUUAAUUAAUUUAAAGGUUCACAUCACAAGGCGAAACAAAUAAGAAUCAUGGUUGAGGGAAUAAGAAUCAAGUUGCAUAAGUUUCCAAUUGGAAUCUUUAGGCAUCUUUUGGCUAUUCCAAUCUCAUUGCGUUCUACCUGUCAUAAACAACAUUGGGGUAAAACAAGAGUCCUCUAGUAGAUAAGUAGUUUUUAAAUUUGCUUUGUAAAAAUAAAUUCAAUUUACAUUUUGUACAAUGAAGAAAGUAGUUUACAUUACUGAUGAGAACAUACAUAAUGAGAUGCUAAAACUUAGUGCCAUUGGAAAUCGAUCAGCGGUCGUUGAUGAACUCGUUAAAUCCUACGAACUGUUGCAGUUUUGUAAAAUCAUAAGCCCCAAACGGUGCACUUUGGAGGAUUUGUUGUCCUUUCACAGCGCCGAUUAUGUCGAAUGUCUCAAGCGCUAUAACGAUGAAGAUGACAUCGAAGAGGUAACGGACGAGCUGCAAGAGUUCGGACUUGCUUAUGAUUGUCCAAUGAUAGAAAAAGUUUACGAUUUUGCAACUUCCAUUGUCGGCACAACACUGGCUGCAGUAGACGCAAUCCUGGCAGGCGCUGCCAUUGCCAUAAACUGGCAUGGAGGCUGGCAUCACGCUCAAAGGGACAAGGCCGCUGGGUUUUGCUACGUGAACGACAUUGUAAUUGGAAUACACAGAUUACGCACGAGGUUCCAAAAAGUUUUAUACUUGGAUUUGGAUGUUCACCAUGGUGACGGAGUUGAGGACGCCUUCAGCUUUAGCAAAUAUGUCAUGACUGUAUCGUUUCACCAACACGAGCCAGGACAUUUCCCAGGAACAGGAGCGGUGUCGAGUAUUGGUAUUGGACCGGGAAAGGGCUACACGGUCAAUGCACCUUACUCGAGGGAUAUUAUCGGUGACAUGUUUGUGCCUUACUUUCAAAAUAUAAGCAGUGCAGUCUACAAUGCAUUUAGACCGGACGUGUGUAUUGUGCAGUGCGGAGCGGACGUCAUCGUCGGAGAUCACUUAGGUGGAACGAAUUUGAUCCCGGAGGAUUGCUUGAAAUGUGUGCAGCAGGUUCUGAGUUGGAACACUCCAACCAUAUUCCUGGGUGGAGGGGGUUACAAUGUGAUAAACACAGCUAAAUAUUGGACGCAGCUUACUGCACUAAUUCUUCAGAAAACUAUCUCCAGAGACAUUCCGGACAAUGCUUUCUUUCCAGACUUUGGUCCUGACUUCACAUUGGAUAUCUACCGAAGAAACGUCAAGGAUGGAAACACCAAGGAUAAUUUAUUUAGAAACGAGGCUUUUAUUGAAGGUAACAUUCACACACUUAAAGGUAGAAUGAUUUUAUUUGGGUAUGGCUAACUUUUAUUAUUCCUAAAUUACAGAUAAUCUAAAACUUUACCUAGCGAGUAUGUAAAUUCUUACGUAAAAAUAAUUACAUUAAAACAGUAA